AGCGCCACCAAAGCGGGUGAUCCAGAUGCGCUGUGGCUUUGCGGGCGGUGUGGGUCACCAGAGAAAGAGGACCAGGCGGAGAAGGCUUAAUCCGGGGGAUGAGACACAGGGGAGCCGACCAGAGGAGGGGGACCCAGAACGGAAGGAGAGUCAGGCUGGGAAACAAGGAAACCCCUCCUGGAGUUUCCCCAAAGCCAUGGACAGCCCUAGUCUUCGUGAGCUUCAACAGCCUCUGCUGGAGGGCACAGAAUGUGAGACCCCUGCCCAGAAGCCUGGCAGGCAUGAGCUGGGGUCCCCCUUAAGAGAGAUAGCCUUUGCCGAGUCCCUGAGGGGUUUGCAGUUCCUGUCACCGCCUCUUCCCUCCGUGAGCGCUGGCCUGGGGGAACCAAGGCCCCCUGAUGUUGAGGACAUGUCAUCCAGUGACAGUGACUCGGACUGGGAUGGAGGCAGCCGUCUUUCACCAUUUCUACCCCACGACCACCUCGGCUUGGCUGUCUUCUCCAUGCUGUGUUGUUUCUGGCCCGUGGGCAUCGCUGCCUUCUGUCUAGCCCAGAAGACCAACAAGGCUUGGGCCAAGGGGGACAUCCAGGGGGCAGGGGCCGCCUCCCGCCGUGCCUUCCUGCUGGGGGUCCUCGCCAUCGGGCUGGGCGUGUGCACGUAUGCGGCUGCCCUGGUGACCCUGGCCGCCUACCUUGCCUCCCGAGACCCGCCCUAGUUGCCCCUACAGCCCUCACUGUGAACCCUGAGGCCGGCAGCCCAGCAAAUCUGUGGGCAGAGUGGAGAAUCUUGGUGGAUGAGGCUGCGGCGGCGGCAGGAGCAUCUAGAAACGGGAGUGAGCUGGACUGGAACCCUUCCCCUUCCUGGCCACCGCUCUUCGGGCGGCAGCAACGUGAGAUUAAACACCAGACACCCUUGCAGCCAAA